UUUCGGAUGGGCCCAGCAAUAUUUGACCGUUUGCUCACACUAAUUGGCCCUUCUAUAACAAGGAUGGAUACUAAUUAUAGAGAAGCCAUCUCAGCAUCAGAAAGACUGUGUAUUACUCUGAGAUACCUGUCAAGUGGAGAUUCCAUGACGAGCAUGGCCUUCAAUCACAGGAUUGGUUUAUCCACAGUUUCUACAAUAAUAAAUGAAACUUGUGAAAGUAUUUGGGGUUACCUGACUCCAAUUUACUUGAAAAAGCCGAAUCAACAAAUGUGGGAGCAAAAGGCAUCUACCUUUAUGGAUAUUGCAAACUUUCCGAAUUGUGUCGGGGCUAUUGAUGGAAAGCAUGUUAUUAUACAANACUUUUUUCAUUAA